AUGCCAAUAACCAGCUCAAACUCAUUCCCUUCCUUACCAUCUUACACCCCCUCUGGAUCAUUCCAAUCACUCUCAGACCUCCCUUCGCCCAUCAUGUCCCCAACAUCCAUCAUGCCCUCUUCCACCCCCAAAUCCUUGCCCGUAUCGACAACCACCUCUCACCCGACAACAGUCAGCAAAUCAACCUCCAAUUCUUCGCUUACAUCACCAACUAAGACACCCAAUUCGAGCUCGAAGAACUACCAUCCCUAUCUCAUUCAUUCAUCCGCAUCGUCUUUACUUACUCGAACAAACUCUUCCCCUGCUCAACCUCCCUCUUCGCCAAGUCAUCAUCGAUCAAGUAGGUCGAUGUCUUCUCUCAAUUACAUAUUGGAUAACCCAAACGAUCCAAAGGAGGAUAGAAGGAAGAGUAUGGAAAGUCCUUCGAGUCAACGGAUUAGACCUGGAGUGAAGAGGAGUGGGACAUUACCUGAGUUCCUGAAUAGGGGUGGGAAAGAUAAAGUCGACAAGAAGGAGAGAGAUAUUGAUUUACCUAUGAACCCGAAAUUAUGGACUCCAUCCGAAUUAGCUCAAUACCUUGGGUACACACUUCGGACUGGUGGACCAGAAGGAACGGGUCAUAUCCUCCCUGCACCGUUGGUGGAAGAUAUCAAAUCUUGGGUCUUGAGGCAGAGGGUAUCGGGUAGAGAUUUCUUGAAAGGUAGUUCAGAUGGAUGGGGUAAUACUACCCGUCCACCACCUUUCCUGCCCCUCCUGCAGACCAUCGCUCGUCGUCUACGUCGUCACUCGCUUUCUGGCCGGAUCGAAUCUGUCCCGUCCAAUCCUGAUGAUUCGUUUGGUAAAGGAUCGAUCUUGUUGGAAGAGAAUGAAGAUGAAGAGCAAGAAGAUGAGCUGACAGGAGUGAAGAGGAUGGCCAACGCAUUUGAUGCGAAGAGCUCAACUUCGUCUGUAUCUGAUAGUGGCACCAGUGGAGAUGAAGAAGAUAACGGAAUGGGGAAACUGAAAGCUCAGUUGACGGGUGAGAGCGUGACUGAACGAUGGAAAGCUUGGGAAGAUAAGUUGGACAUAAAUAGAAGUAGGAAGGUUUCGGAUGUCUCUUCAAUGGGAAGUAUAAGUGAACAAGAGGGAUAUACAUCCUCUGUGUCUGCCAAAUUAACGGAUCAUCUACCCGAGGAGGAACAGGAUGAGGAGGAAGAGCAAGGUGGUGGAACGAUCAAAGCCCCCCCUCCUCAGGCUGCAGUUUCCAACUUUACGGAAGGUCUUACACCCCCACCACCCUAUACCUCGUCUUUCCCGGAUCCCGAACCCAUGAAAAGCCGAGCCAUGCCAACACUAGUGGAAUGUCUUACACCGGAGCGAACGAGGGAGAGGGAAGAAGGUAGAUUCUCUGUGACGCCCACACCUGAAAGACCAUCUGGUCGAGGCAAUGCAGGAUUAGGUAUCAUGACGCCUUCUCCUUCUCCUGAUUCUACGCCUUGUCGAUCUACCCGACGAGAUGAAGGAUCAUCGUUCUCGUCGUCGUCACCAUCGGAACAUCUGAAGAAGAUAUCGAAUCAUCAUGAUGUCAAUCCUUACGCGGCAUUACGUAGAAGAUCGUCAUCAGGUCCUAAAUACCCUUCAGUCAGAAAUUUGAACAUGCAAUUGGUCAAUGGCCAGGCGGACACACAAGGGGAAGAAGCGGAAGGGGAAGGGGAAGAGGAGGAAGAAGGGUAUUUGAGACCCGCACAGAAAAGUCCCGCCGCAGCGAAUUUCGCGGGAGAGGAAUUGAAGGGAUCGAGAUGGACUACUGCUAGGAGAGUUACACUUAGACCCUCCAAAGUGCAGAGUAUAUUUGAUGAGACGAAUUCGGCGACCUCGACUUCCAGUAGUAUGAUCAUGGAUAGACAGAGUCAUGAUCAAGGAGAAGGUGAUAAGAGGAAGAUGGAAGAGCAGAUGGAGGUGUUGAUGAAUAGGAUUAAAGAGCUGGAGGACAGGUUGGAGUAUGUCACAAGUACGACCGAUGAUAGGUCUCCAAGGAAGAGGAAGAACAGGGAUAUGGUUAAUAACGAUGAUCAUACUAGGAACAUCUUGGAUUUGCUUGGUCUAGGCUCAAGUGCAAGAAGAGAAGAUGAGGAUGAUAAGUUGCCCAGAACGGUCAGGGAAUUACCGGUUUAUCUGUUCUUGGUUGGAUUUGGAGUUGGGGCCGUGAUGGUCAGAGUGUUAUUUGGGAGAUCUAGAUGA